AUGGGGCUCUUGAAAAGGUUGGUGCGAUUAUUUCUUGCAGCAAAUAAACUCUCUGGUAUAAUCCCUGCCUCCAUCUUUAAUAGUUCAGCCAUUACUUCCAUUUCAGUAACCAGCAAUUACUUUCAUGGCAAUCUCCCAAUUAACAUGGGUCUCACCCUACCAAAUCUGAAACUAUUAGCUGCUGCGGAAAACAAUUUCUCUGGAAACUUUCCCACUUCAAUCACCAAUGCUUCUGGGCUUGAGAUACUUGAUCUUUCCCAUAAUAAAGUUGCAGGCCAAGUUCCAGCUAAUUUAGGAGAUCUGACAAAUCUUCAAAGAUUAAAUCUUGAAAUAAACCUCUUCGGCGGUAAUUCAACUGGGGACUUAGAUUUUAUUGCAUCACUGACCAACUGCAGUAAUCUAAGAAUGCUUUCCUUGAGUGUCAAUACAUUUGGAGGUGAAAAUUCGUUUAGUGGUUCUCUGCCUCCUGAAGUUGGAAAGCUUAUACAUUUGGUGGAUUUCAAUGUUUCCCACAACCAACUAGCUGGAGGUAUGCCCAUAUCACUUGCUGACUGUUCAGAUCUGCAGAAUCUUUUUAUGCAAUCCAAUUUUUUCCAAGGAACAAUUCCACCAAAUUUGGCUUCUUGGAAGAGCAUCGAGCAAUUAGACCUUUCAAGUAAUAACUUGACUGGACCAAUACCAAAAGAACUUCAGAAGCUUCAGUUUUUGAGCUACUUAAAUCUUUCCUACAACGACAUUGAGGGUGAGAUACCAAACACAGGAGUUUUCAGGAAUGAAAGUCAAAUAUCAUUGACUGGCAACAACAAACUCUGUGGAGGCAUUCCAGAAUUGGAGUUCCCACCUUGCCCAGUGAUUAAAGGGAAAACCAGAGGAAAGCUUAAGGUUAUCAUAUUGUUGUCCAUUGUUUUACCAGCAGCGCUUCUGGUUCUCGGAUUUUCUCCAGACAACUUAAUUGGUUCAGGAAAUUUCGGAGCUGUCUACAAAGGAAGGCUAGGAAAAUAUGGCAAUAAGCUUGUAGCAGUUAAAGUUCUUGAUCUUCAAAAGAACGGAGCUUCGAAAAGUUUUAAGGCGGAGUGCAAAGCAUUGAGAAAUAUUCGCCAUAGAAACCUCGUUUCUAUCGUGAGUUAUUGCUCCAGUAUUGAUUCCAAGGGUGAUGAAUUCAAAGCUCCAAUCUAUGAGUUGAUGGAAAAUGGAAAUCUGGACCUGUGGCUGCAUCCUUCAGAGACAACUGAUCAGGCAACAAGCUCAAGAAGUCUUAAUCUUCUUCAGAAGCUAAAUAUUGCAAUUGAUGUGGCUUCAGCAUUGCAAUAUCUUCACGACCACUGCGAAGCUGAGAUUGUUCACUGUGAUCUAAAACCAAGUAACAUUCUUCUUGACAAUGAUCUUGUUGCUCAUGUGGGGAGGAGACCAACUGAUGAUAUAUUCGUGGGUGACCUGGAUCUACAUAAUUAUGUUAAUGGGGCUUUAUAUGAACAAGUUUCUGAGACCAUGAACCCGUUGCUUUUUCUUGAAGGAGAUGAAAACAGAAAAAUAACUCCUGGAGGGAAAAAUAGCAGUGGUGGAAAAGAGAUGGAGUGCAUUAUUUCCCUACUGAAAAUUGGACUGAAGUGCUCUGCAAGAUUACCAAAUGACAGGAUGCAUAUGAAUGAAGUUGUCAGAAAAUUACAUCUCAUUAAGGAUGUUUUACUUGGUCUGAGGCUGCUUACUGGUCUGAAUCACCAAGAUGAAGUUGCUAGUUCGAUGAACUGA